UGACUUGAUUCUUGAUCGAGGGUCGUCAAACGUUUGAUCAAGAUCGAGAAUUUUCCAAUUUAAAAUACUCCGUACUUGAUAUUACUCGAAUAUCCGUACUAGUAGUUAAUUUUGGCGGUUGACAUUAAGCAAGUUUUAUUAAUAUUCUCUUCCGUUUAAUUUUUUGACCCCUUUGAAGCUUGCUCACGGUUUAAGCUGCGUCGUUGGCUCCUGCACUCCUCCCUUUCUCCAUUGAAGCGUACUCUGAGCUCUCCACCAAAGCGGCUCUUUAGCUUUCUCUCCUCCAUUGAACCAGUUUUAAGUUUUCCGAGCUUUCGAGUGAAGAAUGGGUAAAGCUUCAAGGGACAAGAGGGAUAUUUACUACAGAAAAGCAAAAGAAGAAGGAUGGCGGGCUCGAAGUGCCUUUAAGCUGCUUCAAAUUGAUGAGGAAUUCAAUAUUUUUGAAGGGGUGAAGAGGGUGGUGGAUCUUUGUGCAGCUCCUGGUAGCUGGAGUCAGGUUUUGAGUCGGAAGUUGUAUCUCCCAGCAAAGCUAUCACCUGAUUCUAGGGAAUCCAACCCUCCUCUUAUAGUGGCUGUUGAUUUGCAACCAAUGGCUCCUAUAGAAGGAGUGAUUCAAGUGCAAGGUGACAUAACGAAUGCUAGAACAGCUGAAGUGGUCAUUCGACAUUUUGAUGGGUGUAAGGCUGACUUGGUUGUUUGUGAUGGUGCACCCGAUGUUACCGGACUUCAUGACAUGGAUGAGUUUGUUCAAUCUCAGCUCAUACUAGCGGGUUUGACAAUUGUCACUCACAUAUUGAGGAAAGGAGGAAAAUUCAUUGCAAAGAUAUUCCGUGGCAAAGACACGAGUCUCCUAUAUUGCCAGCUGAAACUUUUUUUCCCAAAAGUGACAUUUGCAAAACCAAAAAGCAGCCGUAAUUCAAGUAUUGAGGCAUUUGCAGUUUGUGAGGAUUACUCUCCUCCAGAAGGUUUUAGUGAGAAGGAUUUAUAUCGUCUUCUGAAGGAGGUUGGCAGUCCCUCAGGAGCAGAUAAUCUAGAUUGCAGCAGUGCUUGGUUAGAAGGGCCAAAUAAGGUAUAUAUUCCAUUUCUGGCUUGCGGAGAUCUAAGCGGGUACGACUCGGAUCGGUCAUACCCAUUACCUCAAGUUGCUGAAGGGACUUACAAGAGUUUAGAUCCUGUACAACCUCCAAUUGCCCCACCUUAUAAAAGGGCUCUAGAGCUCAAGAAAGCUGCUAAUCAAGGAGUUCGUGAACUUGAAAACCUCUCCAUUGAUUCUUCUUAAAAUUGCACAAUUACAUUUGCAUUUAUGUUCACUAUUUUGGUUGAGGAUCAGUAUCUUAAAAAUUGGCUUCUUGAUCACAUUGUUAUGGACCUAUUUGUCGAUCAUUAUUUUGUGCACUCAAGAUCAUAAUGUGCAUCAUCUUUCCGAUUAAUGUUAUUUUUAAUCGUACAUGCA